GAAAUGUUAAACAUGUUCAAACAAACUACAGCAGUCAUAUUCAUCAGGAUAAAUAAUAUUUGAUGCUCGAGCAAUGCUACCACCAUGGAUAAUAAAGGGUGUUCGAUUUGCCGUGCGAUUAACUGCUUUGUUCGGGCUGAUUUGUGUAGCCAGGAGCCACUACGGAACCAUAUCAGUGGUAGGGCCAGCGUUUUUGAACAGGGAGGUUACUCUGAAAGCAACACCCUUCUACCAAUGGGGAUGCGAGGUUGAAUGGAAUUACUUAAUGGAAGGCAGCACAUAUUUUCAAACAAUGAAUGGGACAAACGUUGAAAGAUAUUUGGAGGAUGGGUCCUUCUUUUUGAAAUGGAAAGCUUCAAUUGAAUACAACAGAUCUGACUUUUACGCCGGAUGUUCAACAAACACAUCAAUAGCAUCACGCUUAAUAUCUUUAAAUGUGAAAGAAAUUGUUGGACAGUGUGGAGCCCUCGUGAUUCUAAGCCCGGUUGUUCGCGGCGAGGACGUUAAACUAGGAUAUUUUCCGUCUAACUAUUCUAUACAGCAAACAAACACUACACGAACAUGGAAGACAAAUAUGCAGAACAUAGAGCUACGAGAAGGUUCUCACGAUGAGGAAAUUGUUUCUCAAUAUUUGUACAUAUUGACUAUAUUUAACUUUGAAGACAGAGAUGAAGGAACGUAUACUUUAUAUUGUAAUUCAGGUGGCCACACGGAUUCUGUGCAGCUUCAUAUUCCAGAGCCACCGAGUUACCCAAUCCUCGGUCCAAAAAUCGCUGAAUUUAAUACAACAGAAUGCAUUUAUGUUUAUGAAGAUUCCGACAUAUAUUGUCAGACUGAAAAUGGAACAGAACCUGUACAGGUGGCACUUUUACUGGGACAGGAUUCAUUUGCUCUUGCUGAAAGCGAACAGAACAAAGGGUUUUACCUAUUCAGUAACGUUCAUCAACACAUGGCAGGACUGUCGAGACGGAAUGUGACAUGUCAGGUUUCAAAUGCAGCCCUUGAAACACCUUACGAAGUGCACGGCAUUCUUUGUAGCGUAGGUAAGAAAGUACAUAAUACAUAA